AUGUCCCUGACAUUCUACGACAUCGCCCUCGCACCCCCAGCAGAAAAGUCCUCCUGCUCUCCAAACCCCUGGAAAAGCCGCUACGCCCUCAACUUCAAAAGAGUCCCUUACAAAACAACCUGGGUGCCGCUACCAGACAUCAGCGCCGUCCGCGCCCCACUAAACAUCCCACCCUCCCGCAGAUUCGCCGACGGCUCAGCCUACUUUACGCUCCCAGUGAUUACCGACCCAAUUACAGAAACGACAGUAGGCGACUCCUUCGAAAUAGCCGUCUACCUAAACGAGCAAUACCCAACCUCAGGCGGCGAUCUCUUCCCACCACAAGAUCUGAACUUCGUCUUCGGGUGUAAACUAGAUCUCUUCGCUCCGAUCGCAGUCGCAGAUGUCGGUGAAGAGGGCCAUAUCCCCGCCUAUGUGCGAUUCAAUACAAAUGUCGACGGUGCGUUCACCGCGCAUGCGCAGUUGAUGGCGGGGUAUUUACCGCUUGAUCCUGCCAGAGCGGAUGAGACGAAGACGACGUUUGAGAAGAGGAUUGGGUUACCGUGGGAUGCGAUGAUUGUGCAUGGAGAGACGAGGGUUGAGUUGCUCCAAUCGCUGGAGGAGACGUUGAAGGGGCUUGUUGAUUUGUACAGGAGGGAUGCGAGUGGGCCAUUCCUUUUGGGGGCCAAGGCUUCCUAUGCUGAUUUCAUUGUUGGGGGUUGGUUGCGUAUGUGUCGUGGUGCUUUGCCGCCAGCGGAGUGGGAGCUUAUUAAGGGGUGGUAUGAUGGUUUGUUUGGGAAUUUGCAUGAGGCGCUUGAGGAGUAUGCGCAGAUGAAUUAG